AUGGCAUCUGUGGCCUCUGGUCCGGAUGCUGCCAUCCCUCCAGGCACCUACCAGCACACUGGGCCAGCAUGGAUGUACAAGUCCCCCAAAAUCGGCCACUUCCGUAUCCCCUGGUUUGCCUCUCCUACAGCCCAGCUUAUUCUGGUCUCUCUUGUCUGCUUCCUUUGCCCUGGCAUGUUCAAUGCAGUCAAUGGCCUUGGUGCUGGAGGACUUGUUGACCCGCGUGAUGUUGACAAGGCCAACGUCGCUCUCUACAGCGCUUUUGCGGCUGUUGCUUUCUUUGCUGGCUCUAUUGCCAACCGUCUUGGACUUCGUUACACCCUCUCCUUUGGUGGAUUCGGUUACUUUCUCUACGUUACCUCUAUCUUGUCCUACAACUAUAACAAAAAUGCCGGUUUCCUCAUCUUCUCUGGUGCUCUGCUUGGUGUUUGUGCUGCCUGUCUCUGGACUGCUCAGGGAGCCAUCAUGAUGAGCUACCCUGAUGAAUACUCCAAGGGACGAUUCAUCUCCUGGUUCUGGGCUAUCUUCAACUUGGGUGGAGUCAUCGGUUCUCUGCUAAAGCUAACUACUGAAAAGGUGCCCCUUGCCAACAACCUUCACAGCAAGUCAAACUCCGUCCAAGACAGCACUUACAUCCUGUUCAUAGUCCUCAUGUUUGCCGGGUUUGUUCUUAGCUUUGCUCUCGUCAACGCCAGAGACAUCAAACGUUCCGAUGGCACCCGUGUGAUCCUCAUGAAGAACCCAUCCUGGAAAUCUGAACUUCUCGGCCUUGUCACCGUCCUCAAGUACGACUGGUACAUUGUUGCCUUCUUCCCUAUGUUCUUCGCCAGCAACUGGUUCACCACCUACCAAUUCAACGAAGUCAACUUGGCCAAGUUCAACAUUCGUACCCGUGCCCUCAACAACGUCCUCUACUGGCUCUCUCAGAUGGGCGGUGCCUUUGUCUUUGGAUACUUCCUUGAUUUUUACCGUAUACGCAGAUCUAUCCGUGCUCGUUACGUCUUGGCCUGGCUCUUUGCUCUUACCAUGGCUAUCUGGGGUGGCGGAUGGGUAUUCCAGAGAUCAUACGACCGUUUUGACAUCACUGAGACUAACCGCAUGGACUGGAGAGACCGCGGCUACGUUGGCCCAAUGUUCCUUUACAUGUUCUACGGAUUUUACGAUGCUGCCUUCCAGACCUGUGCUUACUGGUUCAUGGGUGCCCUAACUAAUAACUCUCGCAAACUUGCCAACUUCGCUGGUUUCUACAAGAGCAUUCAGUCCGCUGGUGCAGCUAUCGCAUGGCGUAUUGAUGGCCAAGCUGUCUCUUACCACACUAUGUUCAUCUCUAACUGGGUUCUUCUUGCCGGUUCUUUGAUCAUUGCUGCUCCUGUUAUCUGGAUGAAGAUUAAAGACACAACUGAUAUCAUGAGAGACCUCAAAUUCUCAGAUGAGAACCUGGAAGAAGUUUCUACCGCCGCAGCCAUGGAGUUGCGCGUCCCGUUUGAUGACUUUAUCUUGUUCAGCUUUUAA